AUGGCGACCGUGUGGCGUUCACAGUGUGCGUUUACACGAUUUUUUAUUGGAAAAAUCGCCCAGAUCCCGAACAACUCUUCUGAUUUGGGAACAAAACUCUCCCUGGGACCACAAUCGGUUCCGUGGGUAUCCAGGAAUUAUUCUAAUUAUGCGCACUCUCCAUUGGUAAGCAAAGUGAAGGAUCAAUAUGAAUUUGAUGUUGUAAAAAAUCCGCCAGAAUGGGCAUACGUAGAGAGGCUUCUACCUUUUGAUACCAUUCCAGCUGUGUCACCAAAGGAAAAAUAUCCUUCAGGCUGGAUACCACCGCGGGAGGAAGCCAGGAAUUUGCCAUUUUUUGUAUCAAGAACAAAAAAUCAUGAACUUCCAAUUUACUUAAAUAUAACUUUUAGAGGCAUGCGUAAAAUAACCCAAAUUCGAAAAAUUGAUGGCGACAUUUGGCUUUUGAACGAUGAAAUUAAAAUAUACUUGAAAGAAGCGGCAAAAAGAUACGUAGAAACUAAAGUCCACGAAUUAGGAAAAUUCAUAGAAGUGAAAGGAGAUUAUGUCAAUGUACUUCGCGAUUGGGCACACACAAAAGGAUUUUAA